AUGAAGGUCCAAAUGAUUAUCCAUAAGAUAAAUCAGCUUAAUACCUAAAUUACUGAUGGAUACUUCUCGGUCUGUCAAUAUAAAAUUAAAUAACAUUAGUACUCCUGCAAGUAUUGUAGUCAUUCCUUCAUCAACUUGCUUGACACUUACAACAACAUCAGCCGAAAAAAAUAAUAAUUGCGCUAUAUGUAUACAUAAUUUCAAUCCUAAAAAUUGAAGGAACAUCCGAAUCUUGUUCUGCUAAAUAGCUAAAAUAUAAUUCAUUAAGUAAUGAAAUAAAUAGGAGGAACAUCUAAUAUUACUUAUGAUUUUUGUACUCAUAAGUUUUUUCUGUAAGCUGCUAAUUCAAAAAUUUCAGCUAUAUGUUCCACAAUUUCAGCUGGUGGUGGGUUUCUCGAAUGUUAAUCAAGCUCCAACUGUACAAAAUAUGAUAUUGUGAGAAUAAGACUGGGGGAUUCUUCUAAUAAUUAUAAUAAUAUAUUGAUUAAAUCUUUACCAUCUUAUAGAAAAGCACUUCUUUCAUGGAUAUUUUACACUUAUUAAUAUUUGUAUGCUACAUGUAAUGAUCCCUGGACAUUAAUUUUAAUCUUGCAUUGA